GGGGGGUAGGUAGGAGUUAGGACGUACAUUCACCUGUCCUAAACCCCCACUCACGACCACACCCGUCACCAAACUCACCACAAUUCAUUCCCAUCUUCUUUUGCUCGAAUCUUCAACUCCUCUCUCUUUCUCUCUCCUCCAAAUUCCAAGGGUGAUCUGAGAAUACACACAACAUGGGAAAGGCUGUGGUUGUUCUAAGCAGCAGUGAGGGUGUUUCUGGAACAGUCUACUUUGCCCAGGAAGGAGAUGGUCCAACAACUGUUACUGGAAAUGUCUCCGGUCUCAAGCCUGGGCUCCAUGGAUUUCAUGUUCAUGCCCUUGGUGACACAACAAAUGGCUGCAUGUCAACUGGGCCGCACUAUAACCCAAAUGGAAAAGAGCAUGGUGCUCCAGAAGACGAUGUUCGCCAUGCUGGUGAUCUUGGAAACAUCACAGUUGGGGAUGAUGGUACUGCUACCUUUACCAUCAUUGACAGUCAGAUACCUCUUUCUGGACCCAACUCUAUUGUGGGGAGGGCCGUUGUUGUCCAUGCUGAACCCGAUGAUCUUGGAAGGGGUGGACAUGAACUCAGCAAGACCACAGGCAAUGCUGGUGGAAGAGUGGCUUGUGGCAUUAUUGGUCUUCAAGGUUAAGUUGUGCUUUCCAACUUUCAAAGAGAGAAAUCGAAGUGCAGAUUACAGUUUUCUUGCUAUCCAUCCAAGAUUAGUGUAGGGGUUAAAAAAAAAGGCAAACAAAAAAAAGAAGGGAUAACCCCUAAAUAAAAAUCCAAGUUAUUGUGAAUUUGUGACUUGAAUUGAUUAUGUAAUCCACCAGAGUCUGUUAUAUGUACGGAUUUUGCAGUGGCUGUGAACCUUGUUGAUUUAAAUUUCCUGGCUCUAUUUGAUGGCUUUUGCAACUUUGAUGUAUACUCACGAAUGUUGAUGGUCCUUAUGCCUGAAUUCUCUCUAUACCAAUUCAUUUGACCCUCUA